GCAUUGCAUUGCAAAUGCAAGUGAGUAUUUUCGUUGUUCCGUGUUCGUAGAUAAAGAAUUAAAAAAUCCAAAUAACAUUUUUAAAUUUAAACAAUACUUUGGUGUCAUGAGUAUAAUAAUUAAAGUUUACGGUGACUUACGUACGUUUAUCCAAAAUUUAGUGAUUCAUCUGUAGAUUAGUAUUAUGAUAAGUCUAUAUUAAUUCACUUUAUGUUUGUGAUUGUGUAUUACUCUGAUAAUGAUUGGUUAGGACUAAUGUGGUAUGGCACUUGUAACUAUUCGACGUACCCCGAGUGUGCAAACACCAAAGAAAACGGAUGAAGAAGAGAAGUCAACUGAUGUUAGUGAAGAGGAUGUCGGAAAUCGUGCCAGCAAGAGUCUCAAUGAAUGCUACUUCGCAAAUAAAGGUGCCGCGUUGGUGUUGGGUGGCGCGGAGCACGGGUGCGCCGACCAGCGGCGGUCACCUGCGCGAGCUCAUCCCCAGCCGGACAUUCAUCACCACCUACAGUCCAUGUUUUAUUUGGUGCGCCCGGAGGAGACGCUCAAAAUGGCGGUGAAACUAGAGAGCGGUCACCCGGGUCGUACGCGAUACUUGGUAGUAGUAUGCCGCGGUGACGAAGCCGCUUUACUGGGGAUAGACUGCAAUGAGCGAACAACGGUUGGACUUGUUCUGCGAGUCCUUGCAGACACUUCCAUUAAACUGGACGGAGAUGGAGGGUUUAGCGUAUGCGUUUGCAAUCAACAACAUAUAUUCAAACCCGUGUCUGUGCAAGCCAUGUGGUCGGCGCUGCAGACGCUGCACCGCGCCAGCGCGCACGCCCGCGAGCUCAACCACUUCGCAGGCGGCGCGUCGCACGCGUGGUGCGCGCACUACGAGCGCCGCGUCGACUCCGACCGCUCCUGCCUCAACGAAUGGCACGCCAUGGACUGCAUCGAGUCCCGCCGCCCGCCUUCGCCGGAUUCGCUCAGGCUCAAGCCACGUGAAAGAGACGAAACAGAACGCGUGAUCAGGUGUACGCUAAAAGAAAUUAUGAUGAGCGUAGACCUCGAUGAAGUGACGAGCAAAGCCAUUCGCGGCCGCCUCGAAGACGAACUUGACAUGGAUUUAGCCGAAUUUAAGUCAUUCAUUGAUCAAGAAAUGCUUACUAUUUUAGGCCAAAUGGAUGCGCCUACUGAAAUAUUUGAUCAUGUUUAUCUUGGAUCCGAAUGGAACGCGAGUAACCUAGAGGAAUUGCAAAGAAACGGGGUCAGGCAUAUACUCAACGUGACAAGAGAAAUAGAUAAUUUUUUUCCAGGUAUGUUUGAUUAUCUAAAUAUUAGAGUUUAUGACGACGAAAAGACUGAUCUACUAAAACACUGGGAUAACACUUUUAAGUACAUAAAUAAAGCAAGAAAUGAGGGCUCAAAGGUUCUCGUUCAUUGUAAGAUGGGAAUCAGUAGGUCUGCUUCCGUCGUUAUCGCUUACGCCAUGAAAGCGUUCAAUUGGAACUUUGACAAAGCUCUUAAGCACGUAAAAGCGAAAAGAAGCUGUAUUAAGCCGAACACAAACUUUCUCAACCAACUCGAAACUUAUCAAGGUAUACUCGACGCUAUGAAAAAUAAAGAAAAGCUACAGAGGUCAAAGUCGGAGACUAAUCUAAAAGCUCCCAAAUCAGCGUCUAAAAUGGAAAGUAAAAUAAUGGAUCCCACGCCAUUGGUCCUAGCACUGACGGGCUCGUACACGGGCCGGCCGCGCUCCUGGUCGCCUGACACCAAGCUGGCGUCCGAGCUGCUGCCGCCCACCUCCGUCUCGCUAGAGAACCUGGCCUCCGAGACGCGCCACAUGCUCAUGCCGUGCGCCAGUGGCAGUUACAGUGUCUCUCCCAAUCAGAUUAUACGCCUCAAGGAAGAGGGAGCUCUCUCCGUCAAACAUAUCGUGAACGAGAUUGAGAGCGCCGCGUCCAGUGAGCGUAGAGAGCUCCCGAAGAAGCAUCAGAGAUUAAAUUUUGGAAAUUCAUGCGAUAUUGCUUAUAGUCGAACGUCGGAAGUGUCUGUUGGUAUAGCGUCGGAUAUUUGUUAUAAGCCUCAGGAUUUGACGCAGAGAAAUUUAGUUCAAAAAUACCCUCAAUCCGAGUUAGAAGUGGAAAAAAUUCACACUUGGGAUCCCGGGGAGUCGACGUGGUCGCGAAGCGAGGACAUUAGGAACGCUAUCGAUAGUGAUAAUAUAGUUAAGAGUGAUAGUGGUAUAAUGGACGUGAAAAUUAAAUCAAGUGACGUGUACAAUUCGUUAGAACGUAAUAUAGACUCAGAGGAAAGAAAAGGCGUCGACGACGAUGCGCCGCCCCCGAGCAGACAGAGUUCGUGGAGCUCGUUCGACAGUGCCGUGGUGCCCGACUUGUCGCGACACUCUUCGUGGGGCUCGUACGACACGCGAGCCGUGCGCCCGCCGGCCGGGCCGCGCGACGACCCUGUCCCCGCCGCGCCCGACCUCGGCGUCAUCCGCGAGCAGGCCGAGCGGCCUCGCCCGCCGCCCGACAUCGCAGCCAACGAGCGUAAGUUUAACGAAACCUGUGCCAUGCUCGAGCUGUGCAACGCCGCCGCGCGAAUGGAGAGUGCGCGCGACCGCGGCGCUUCGACGUGGGGAGGUCGCCUGUCCGCCUCCGCCCCUGCCGACACGUGGCUGCGAGUGGGCCCGCGCCGUCGGCGUCUCGCGGCCGCGUCCCACGGUGACUUACCCCGCGCUGCGCCUGCUACCGCCCCACCUCCCGCUGGCCUCGUGAGCAAUCUUAAGAAGGAAUUCGAGGCCCGUUCUGAACUGGAGCAACCACGCCGGUCUACAUCACGCGCACGUCCUUCCGCCUCGCCCCCCGCUCAGGUCGUUCAGCCCGUCGAGGAUUUGUCGGUGAAAGUACUGGUUGAUCUUUACGACCAACCGGGUCGAACGCGAUCUGAAUCAGGUGGCGAAGCAGGAGGGCGGGUCAAAGUUUCUCAUGAAUGCGUUUCGAAAAAAUGCAAACUGACUUCGGAAGGAGACGGACGGUCUCGAACGCGCAAUUCGUUCUGUGCGGUCGGAGCGGCGGCGCUGGCGAGCGGUGAGCGUCCGCCGAUCGCGCCUACCGUUGUUGCUCUCGCGCCUCUCGACUAUUCAAAUGUGGUGGUGUCAACUGUGAUGUCGAAAGCUCAAAAUAAAAACAAUUACAACAUGGGAAAACCCAUCCUUUGACGAGGCUCAACUUGAACCGGUCGAAUAAUAGAUGUUCGAAUCCUGUGUAUAAUACUAUGUAGUAGUUAUUACGUUUUAUUUAUUAUGAAUUCUUGCCAAACUGGAUAUUUUAUCUUUCUAGAGUUUUAUAUACUAUUUACAAACUGAGAUCACAGUGUAUUUGUCUAUCACGUAAAAUUGUAUUAAACGGCUGUUUGUGAGUAGAGAAUGUUAAAAAAGGAAAUAAAUUCGAUACAACGGAUAUACAACUUUAAAAAUA